AUGAAUAAAUUGAAGUCUUUGGAGGACGAUUAUGAAAAACAACUUCAAGAAGAAGCUAAAGAAUUAGAGCAAUUAGUGAGUAGAAAAAAUACAAAUUCUGCUAAAGAAGAAGAAUAUGCUAGACUCGAUCGUCUCAAGUAUGUUCUCAAAGCUAGAUUGUUUGAAGUUGAUAGCGACAUGACAGAGGGACAGACUUAUGAUUUCUUGCACGAUAUUGCGGAUUUGAGGAAGAGGCAAAAGCCAGGGAUUGGGAGCGAUAGGAAGAGGCAGAAGGCGGAGGAUGACUUAAGUGACUGUGGUGGAUCCAGUGGAGCUGAUAAUGACAAGGAUUUGAAGAGGAUGAAGGCGAAUUUUGAGAAUUUAUGUGAUGAAAAUAAGAUUCUGGUGUUUUUUAAGAAGCUGUUGAAUGAGUGGAAAUAG